AUGACGACCAAUCCCAAGUGGCCCGAGAUUCAGUCCCAGUUGCUCGCAGGCCAGAAUUGCACGGACGUCCCUGCCUUGGUCUUUAUGAGGGAGAAGUUCGGAGAUCUCCUGUACAAGAUAUGCGUGACAGAGUUCCAGAAGCGGGGUUUACCACACGCGUAUCUGGUCGUCAAGCUCCAACAUGAAUUGCCUUUAACCCAGCUGGGCGGUUCCAUCUGCGCCGAGUUGCCAGAUCCGGAAGAGGACCCCGCCCUACAUGCAGCGAUCUGUAGAUUCCACAUGCAUUCGCAGAACCACUUCUGCGGGCGCGCUGCGAUCGAGGAUCCGACCGAGCUGGCCCUCAUAUCGUGGCCUGUGAAACCGUCUCACCAUUGGUUAGAUGCUAGUUCGAUUAGAAGCGCAAUUUUCAUCUCGAUGAAAAAUUAUUCUGAAAUCUUAUUCCAGGACUUCAACGUUCGUGACGCAGCUACCAAAUCAAAGCACCAACAACGCAUCGUGUCAACUUUCAUAAACAUGAACUUCUUUCUACCAGCCCAAACAAAUUUUGCGGCAUCAUUUAACUUGUUCUCAACGAUGACAAUUGCUCAUUACGGUGAUGGAUAUUCGACACUCAACAUCGUAUGGAUAAAUUAG